AUGGCUGAGGAGACUCAAUAUGGAAACUGGUUGUCAUCUCGCCUAGAGCCACAUUCCAGGACAGCAUUACAGCAGGCAGGGAUUUAUGUGUUGGCAUCAGCACCUCCUCCACCUUCCAAAGAUUCACUCAAUCAUUUGGAUGAUGGUGAUGAUUAUGAUGACUGCGGUAUUGUGACUCCAAUGGUUCAGAAAACUCAGAUGACUCCCUUCACUGUGGAAGAAAAAAGAAACAUGGAAAAUCAGAAAGCUCCUUCCAUCUCUGAGCCUGUACAACAGAAAGACCAUAGAAGGCUCUAUAUACUUAUUCUUUUUUUCUUGGUCGCCAUAUCUUUCCUGAUGUGCACAGGGGUCCUCUCUUUGGUCCUGAUAAAGUACUCAGCGCUAUCUGAGGAACUACAGGCCCUUAACUUGAACUUCUCAGAAAUGCUCAAGAGAGACUCAGCGCUAUCUGAGGAACUACAGGCCCUUAACUUGAACUUCUCAGAAAUGCUCAAGAGAGACUCAGCGCUAUCUGAGGAACUACAGGCCCUUAACUUGAACUUCUCAGAAAUGCUCAAGAGAGUGAAAAAGGACUUGAAUCAUGUAAAAGAAACACAAAAGAUUAGUGAAAGAACCGUCAGCAACACCUUCAGUCAAUUUGAGGACAUUACAGCAUCUAUCUGUAGAAGCUCUUCAAUCAAUAAUUCGUGCCCCACCAAAUGGAAGAUGUGGGGGGGAAACUGUUAUUACUUUUCAAUGGCAAAGAAAAGCUGGACUGAGGCUCUGUGGUACUGUAUUAAUAACAGGGCUCAUUUACUCAGUAUUUGGUCUGAUGCUGAAGAGGAUUUUCUGAUAAAUAACCUUGAUAACAGCUCGAUAUACUGGUUGGGUGUGACGGACUUAGAAAUGGAAGGAAAGUGGAGAUGGAGAGAAGGAGGUCAGACUGCAUCAACAUCUUUUUGGGAUAUUGGACAGCCACAGAGGAGUGAAGACAAGAACUGCGGUGUCAUACACCCCAAUGGGACAUGGGCUUCUGCUAUGUGUUCCCUUCCCUAUCACUGGAUUUGUAAACAGAAGCUGAUCUGUUGAAAUACCUCUUGAGCCUGCUCAUAGGACAGGAUUGUAUAUAAGCUGCUUUGCUUGCCCCUGACUCUUCCCUCCA